GGAUAUUUCCAUUGUAUAACCAAAGGAGACACACCGCUACAUACUUUACAUUUGGAUCAUUUAGGACCCAUGGACAGCACCUCCAAGCAGUACAAAUUCAUUUUGGCAAUGGUAGAUGGUUUUUGGAAAUUUGUGUGGUUGUUUCCAACGAAGUCCACAGGUCAGGAAGAAGUAAUUAAAAGACUCAACGAAUGGACAGACAUUUUUGUAUUUCCCGAGAGGAUCAUAAGUGACAGAGGGGUGGCCUUCACAUCAAACGCUUUUAAAGAAUUCCUUCGAUCAAACGAUGUAGAGCAUGUACUGUCAACCACAAAAGUAGCAAGGGGCAAUGGCCAAAUCGAACGAGUUAACCGUUGUAUCCUGUCUAUUAUCGGAAAAAUAUCAGCAGAUGAACCCACGAAAUGGUAUAAAGGGGUUUUUAAAGUACAAAAGGCUAUUAAUACAACGAUGCAUUCAUCAACGAAAAUGUCACCUUUUGAAGUCCUGUUUGGAACGAGAAUGCGUAACCAUAUAGAUGACCGUUUGCUGGAUAUAUUACAGGAGGAACAAGUAGAUCAGUUCAACGACGAGCGUCAAAAGCUACGACAAGAGGCUAAGAUUAAUAUAGAGAAGGCGCAAGCGACUUACAAGAGGAACUAUGUAAGGAAAGGCGAAGCUAUCUACCAAGUUGGCGAUAUGGUAGCUAUCAAGAAAACGCAGUUUGUAGCGGGCCGUAAAUUGGCAAGUCAGUUUUUGGGACCCUAUGAAGGAUCAAAGCUAAGCGCAACGGCCGGUACGAUGUAAAGAAAGCGACCAAUGGUGAAGG